UUUCAGUUGUGAUCAGACCCUGGAACUGAGCAGGUGUGCACCUGUGCGUCAUCUAGUAUACUCAGUGAACCAAACCAUACCUAGCACUGACCAUGGCAAACCUUAAAGGAUUUACAUAGAACGAAAUCUAUUCAAAAGUGUUUACUUUAAAAUAAGUGUGAAAUAGAUAUUGUGAAUUACAUGUAGUGAGAGUCCAUACAUCAUACAAGUAACGCUGAAGCAAUGUUGUGGUUAGAAGAGGAUCUUCAUAUUUUGGCAUUCUACUGGAACUAGAACCAGUCAUUUUCAAGCCGUGACGUUUUAAUUAAACAUCAGAUAAAAAACUACAAGUUUGAGGAUGAAGGACUGGGGAAAUGAACUCUGGGAUAGAUUUGAUCUGGUUCUGGAAUUCAACAAAAAGGAGAUCAACGAUCUGGACUCCAAGUUCUCCAGGUUUCUCAAGGAAAGAGGAGACCUUGAGAAAGAAUAUGCUAAAAGUUUACGUAAACUUGUGACCAACUAUACACCCAAGGAGAAGAAAGAACAAACUAAUGAAGAAGAAACUUCCCAAAACAAAGCAUUCAGAUUAUUAAUCCAAGAAACAAAGUAUAUCUCAAACCAGCAUGAGAUCCUGGCUGAAAGUUUAUCUAAAACCUUAAACAAUGAUAUACACAAGAAGAUAAAAGAGUUUAACGAGGUUACCAAAAAAUGUCAGAAAGAAGCGAAAAAACUCGGCGAGGAGAAAGAAAAGUUUGAUAAAGGAUUGGAGAAAGCGAAGCUGAAAUAUCAACGCUGCUUCUUUGACUGGGAGCAGUCUGAGCAGGAGUAUAGUAAAGCAGAGAGCAGCACAGAUAUAUCAAGGAACCAGAUUGAAAAGUUAAAGAAGACUUCCACCUCAAGACAACGACAAUGUGAGCAGUUAAAGGGAGACUACGCCAGAGAACUAAUCAGAGCUAACGAACAACAAAAGGAAUACUAUUAUACUUCUUUACCUACAAUACUCAAUAAUCUACAGAACCUUGAGAUAUCUAGAGGAAACUUUUUGAAAGGAAUACUGAAGCAGGCUGUACAAGCGGAGAUGGAUAUUAUGCCUAUAGUGGGUAAAUGUUUAGAGGAGAUGAAUACGUGUAUAGAGAGUAUAGAUCCACCAGCUGAUACAGAGAUUAUUAUUUACAGAUAUAAGACGGGAAAUGUUCCUCCUGGAGAUACAGAUUUCGAGGAUUUACAUAUUGGACUCGGAGCAGACAAAUAUAAAACAUUGCAGAAACGAUCCAGAGCUCCUCAACCAAUUGAAAACCAGAAUCUGUUUCCAAAAAAACGGGAAUGGGAGAAAAAAAUCGAAGCAAUGGAAGCAGAAAUACUAAAAGGUCAGAAGGAAAUAUCUGCUCUGCGCUUGAUGUACGAAACUUACAGCCAAAAUCCUCAGUUCGGAGAUGCUAAUAAAUUCCAGGGAGAAUUAGAAGCAGCAACAUUUAAGGUGCAGAAGUAUGAAAGUGAGCUGCAUACCUUGAAAUCAGAAUUGGCUCAGAUUGACUCAAAAUUAGAUAUUUUGAACAACAGGAGUACCCCCCUGGACACCCCUAAAUCAGAUCGUGGAUCUCCCUCCCAAAGUGAGAGAGGUUCUGUAGGAUAUGGAACUAUCAGUAACUCUUCAAAUUCUUCCGAGCAGGACACGGAUAGUUUGGGAGAGAAGGGUCGGAUACCUGAGGUUGGAUCUGCCUGGGAGGAUUCUAGUUCUACGUGGCCCGAGGACGAUUAUCAAGAAGAUUUUGAAAGUUUACCCCCUCCUCCUCCUCCUACCCUUGAUCUAGUCCGAGCUCUCUUUGAUUUCCAGAAUGAGGAGGAGAGUAGUAUCAGUAUGAGAGCAGGAGAGGAGUUCCAUAUCACGGAGACAGAUUACAAAGGAUGGACGAAGGUUCAACGUAUUGAUUUAUCGGAGGAAGGAUUCGUUCCCACUUCCUUCCUGGGUGUAAUCAGCUAAUCCAGCACACUCUGCACUUACAGAUUUUAUUCUAUUCGGACCAGCAUUAGCAGAAUUUAAAAAA